UAUCUCAAGUCUUCAACUCUAUAAAUAGAUGGACAGAUCAAAUGCGUAAUUCUCACAUUCAAAUCACUAAUUAUGGCCACCAACUCCGACGUUGCAUUGGCGGAGCAAAAGUGCACCUACACAAUCAAUGUCAAAACCGGAACGAGAGCUGACUCCGGCACAGAUGCGAUCAUAGGGAUUGUACUGGCCGACAAAUCCGGAGAUUACAUCGAAAUUAAAGACCUAGUGAGUUGGGGUGGGAAAAUGCCAGCAGGUCACGACUACUUCGAAAACGGUAAUCUGGACAUUUUCAGUGGGACGGAGCGGUGGCUUCCGGGCCCGGUAUGUCUUAUGAGACUAAACUCUGACAACUCCGGCUACAAGCCGGGAUGGUAUGUUGAGUACGUGGAUGUAACGAAGAGCAAGACAGGAAGUGUGAGCGAGCAUCAACUCUUCACAGUGGAGCAAUGGCUUGCCGUCGAUGAGCCGCCAUAUCAGCUAUAUGCCGAAAGGAGUGUCUGAGAUCAAGAAGAGUCUCUAUUCAAUCGCACGAAUCAAUAAAUCAAUGCGGGUGUCUUGAAAACUUGUUCUAUAUUGUCUUGUGAACGUUUAUUGGCGAUAUGUGCAUUAAAUAAAAUUGUCGUCAUGUGUGCUAUUGCCAUAUUGAAUAAAGCGUGGGAUGGCAGUGAUGUAAGAUAUUCCAUGGAAUAAAAUUAAAAUAUUUG